GUUCUUAGCUGUAGCACCUGUGUUAGCACUUCCUCCGUGGCUGUUAGCCACUUAGCACGACUUGGGAAGACGUGUAGUGUGUGCCUCUGUUGCGAGUACUCUUUGACGACUCAAAGCCCAAAAUGCCAACUCUUACGAUCAACACAAAUCUCCCCGCAAGCAGCAUUCCGAACGACUUUCUGAAGACUACGGCGAACGUUGUGGCGGCCUCUUUGGGAAAACCGCUCUCGUAUGUUGUGGUGCACAUCAGUCCUGGCCAAUUGAUGUCAUUUGGAGCCACUGACGAGCCAUGUGCCAUUGCAAACCUGUACAGCAUUGGCUGCCUCUCUCCAAAGGAGAAUAAGAAGCAUUCAGCUGCUCUUUUUGAGCACAUUGAGAAGGUAUUGGGCAUCAAAGGGAACAGAAUGUACAUCAACUUCAUUGACCUGCCAGCAACAGAUGUGGGCUACAGUGGCAAAACUUUUGCUGGAUGAAGCUCCUGUUGUGGCAAAAUGGAGAGAAGUCUGCGCAUCUCGAAUUUGAAUAAAGAUUCACGUUCUGUUA